GAAUAAGUGUCUUUUUUUUUUUAAAUAUUGGAACAUAUGGCCACACUUUUUAUAAUAAAUAUAUUAACUAAAUAUUAUAGUUAUUUUUUUCAAAAACUAAACAAGUUUAAAAUAUUUACCUAGUGUUUUUUUGUUUACCCAAUUUGAAAAUGUUUUAAAAGAAACAACCCACUUUUAAAAACACAGCCUAUUUGGGCCCCAACUCUUUUUUAGGAAUAGCCCAAAUACCAAACCCUAAUUAUGUAUCCUUUCUUUUACUUCUGGCCUCUGCCACUGUUCAUCAUUAGCAGCAGCCGUCAACUACCAGGUUGUUCCCUAGAACUGAGAUCAUUUCAUCAGCUGAAAACCCAACUACUUUUUCUCCCCAAAUGGCACUGGUUGUAAUAUGUGGACAGCCAUGCAGUGGGAAGUCCAAAGCUGCACUUUGUGUGGCUGAAGCUCUCAAAGAAUCAGAAUCAAAACAGCAGGUGAGGGUCAUAGAUGAAGCUAGCUUUCAUCUAGAUCGGAAUCAGAGCUAUGCUAAUAUGCCCUCAGAGAAGAAUUUAAGAGGGGUGCUCAGGUCAGAAGUAGAUAGGACUCUGUCCAAAGAUAGCAUAAUCAUAGUAGAUUCUUUGAAUAGCAUCAAGGGUUACAGAUACGAGCUAUGGUGCCUGGCUCGUGCAGCAGGGAUUAGAUAUUGUGUGAUUUACUGUGAUGUUGAAGAACCCCAUUGUAGAAAAUGGAAUGAAGAGCGCAGAGAGAAAGGAGAAGCUAAUUAUGAUGAUUCAAUAUUUGAAGAUUUGGUUACAAGGUUUGAGAAACCAGAUAGAAGAAACCGAUGGGAUUCCCCUCUAUUUGAGUUAUGGCCACAGAGAGAUGGGAUAGAGAAAUCUUCCGCUGCCAUUGUAGAUGCUAUCUCCUACUUAACCAAAAAGGUUGACUCCAAAACUCGGGAUGUGAAAAUAUUACAACCAACUAUUGCAACUCAAACGUCACGUUUUUCAGAUGCAAAUUCUCUCUAUGAGUUGGACAAGGCCACGCAGGAGGUCACAAAUGCUAUAGUAGAAGCUCAAUCAAGUGCUCUUGGUGGGCCACUGAAUGGCAUUUCUAUAGGAAAUGACUUGCCUUCAAUCAAUAUUUCAAGAUCAGUUGCGCUGCCAGAGCUUCGCAGGAUGCGGCGUACCUUCAUAAAAUUGACAGGGCAAACAAGUUUAAGUGGGCGACCACCUCCUUCUGAUGCAGACAGUGCAAAAAGAAUGUUUAUUGACUACUUGAACAGGGAACUUGGAACUUGUUGAAGAACAAUAUGCUGUCUUGCUUGCAAGUGAAUUUGAAAGCUGCCCUGUUUUCUAGGAUUGCAUACUAAGCUGCUCUAUAUUUAGUUAGAUAGAGCAUAUUGUUGAAUAAACUGCUUUAUCUUCUCUUUGUUUUUUAAAUUCCCUCUUAGCUUCAAUGUACCAUCAUUUGACUGUCUUUUCCAAUUCAAGCUGUGAAGUAAAGAUGAUAACAUAGUUCUCUUGUCA